GAAAGAACAAAGCAACCUUGAAGGAACAAAGGAAUAAUAAAAUUUGACACAGCUUUCUCUGAGCUCAAGCUUGUGUGGGAGAGUUAUCCAUGGCAACACUAUACAGAGUGAGAUCACUACUUUCUAUCUUCAACACCAAAUCCACACUCUCUACAUAUGCUCCAGUUUGCAGCUUCUCUACAUCACCACCCUGUUCUCAGUUUGAGAGUGUUGGAUUCAUUGGGCUGGGAAAUAUGGGAUCCAGAAUGGCAAACAACCUAAUUAAGGCUGGAUACAAAGUGGUUGUUCAUGACGUAAAUUGUAAUGUCAUCAAGAUGUUUACUGACAAGGGAGUUCCAGCAAAACAAACACCAUUUGAAGUUGCAGAAGCUAGUGAUGUUGUAAUUACAAUGUUACCCUCAUCAUCUCAUGUAUUGGAUGUCUACACCGGACCAAAUGGGUUGCUUGAUGGUGAAAGUCGCCUGAGACCACAUUUGUUUAUAGAUUCAUCAACGAUUGAUCCUGAAACAUCAAGAAAGGUUUCUGCAGCUGUAUCCAACUUCCUUUUAAAAGAAAAGAAAGGUUUUUGGGAGAAACCUGUCAUGUUGGAUGCUCCUGUGUCCGGAGGUGUUCUUGCUGCAGAAGCGGGUACUCUCACUUUUAUGGUUGGUGGCUCUGAGGAUGCUUGUCUGGCUGCCAAACCCUUGUUUCUGUCAAUGGGCAAAAACACUAUCUAUUGUGGUGGAGCAGGAACUGGUUCAGCAGCAAAAAUUUGCAACAAUUUGGCAAUGGCCGUGAGCAUGCUUGGGGUAUCAGAAGCCCUUGCUCUUGGUCAGUCACUUGGAAUUGAAGCUGACACUCUAACAAAGGUUUUUAACUCUUCAAGUGCUCGAUGUUGGAGUAGUGAUAGUUAUAACCCAGUUCCUGGAGUUAUGGAAGGGGUGCCUGCUUCAAUGGAUUAUGCUGGUGGAUUUGCAUCUAAGCUCAUGGCCAAAGACUUGAGCCUUGUUGCAGCAUCAGCUAAAGCAGUCGGUCUUAAAUGCCCUCUGACAUCCCAAGCAUUAGAGAUAUACACAAAGCUGUGCAAGGAUGGUCAUGAAAUGAAGGACUUCUCCUGCGCUUUCCGCCAUUAUUACUUUGGUAAGGAUGAGCAGUAGCUUGAUCAAUGAGAGUUGCUGAUUAUAUAAGAUCCUCAAGCAAGGAUGGAGCAAGGGCUUCCUACUUGGGACCGAGUCUAGCCUAGAUUUUUUGUGGGUGACAAUCGCCAACAAAUUAUCUGCGCCAGAUAUUGAAAUACUUGGAGCUUCACCCAAUUCUCAACAUUUCCUGUAGUACAUAGAAUUUGAAGUGGAGUUUUUGGUUAGUGCAAAUUGAAUCAAGUAUUGUCCUUUCAGUAUAAAUAAAUGCUAAAAUGAAUCCUGUAACAUUUUCCAUAGCCUGAUGGCAAUGAUAAUGAAUCAUUAUGAUUUUUCACA